CUACUUUGCUUAUCCCUACUAAAUCAAUAACUACUGGGGGCAUCCUAUCCAGAAUCGACUUUCGGCAACGAUUUCGCCCUAUAAAGCCUACAGAGCUCUGUCUUACGAUUGUGUCCAGCUAGAAUCCGUGGUUGAGUUGCAAAAGCUUGAUCAAAUCAUCCCUCCUACCUUAGAUUUCACAGCAUCCAGUGGAUCCCGGUUGGAUGGGUCGUCCUGACGAACGUGAAUCUCUGUGCUCCCGAUAACCGUCUUUUUAUACUCAGAGUCGGACUCGGUUCUGCGACUUUGCGAUCCGUUUUUGCUGCCCAAUCGCUCUUAAUGCUGGGUAGAUUGCUUCGAAUUGGAGCCUCGUUCAACUUGACAGAUUGAUGUUUUGAAUUUUGUUUUUGUUAUCGCAGUCUCCGAUAGAUUUCGUCGAAAUUUUGAUACUAUCACGAGAGUGAUUCUUUGGCAAAGCCUUAGAAAACUUUUUCUUCCGCGAUCCGUCAUUCUUGAACCCGCGACAGUCACGCAAAACCUCUAUUCAACAUCGUCAGUUCGUGAAGGAUUCCAAGUGCAUUGUGCUGUGAAAGUUGUGUGUUUAGGCUUCACUUGACGCCUCAGGAAAUAUGCCGUCCAGCAGACACGAUGUGCCCGCUCUUCAGACACCGGGGGAGUUUGGUUCGUCGAGGAUUAAAAUCGACAACCUGUUGAACCCGAACACCGAUGGCGAACCCUUUCCGAGACAUUUGUCCGGGUCAUGGCAGGGAACAUAUCACCAUUACCAUCAUCAUCACCACCACCACCAUCCCGAUCGCUAUCCACAAACUACUAGCAGUCCUCCACCACUUCAGCUCCCUCCGUUUAAAUCAAUACCAUACCCCAAAAGUAACCUGUCUCCCAUAGACACCCGCCCCGACAGAUCGGUCCAACGCUCUGGAUCUGCCAGUUCUUCACCAUCACCGUACCGAAGGGACCGAUUUCCUUCUGUGUCAAGUGGCUCCUCUACAAUCGUCGAGCGGCGUCGUCCACCGCGGCCAAAAUACGAAGAAGAAGAGAUGUAUUUUAUCUGGUAUCACCGUGUCGAUUUGAAUCAGGAAUGGAAACAAGUCCGGGAAAGCUUUAAUGCCCAGUUUCCUAACCGGCAAAGGAACGGAUUUCAGGGAAUUCAGUGCAAAUACUAUCGGUUUAUCAAGGAGAAGAAAUGCCCUACGCUACGAGAGCAGCGAAGAAUAAGAAAUGGAGACGGUGGCGGUACUAAGCAUGGACCCAAUGAUGACUCCCCCGCGUAUGGGGUUAUUCGAUGGUGCCGUGUUUGGUUUCCUUGGAUGAAAGAACCCCCUCCCCCAGGGCACGAAUGAACGGGCCCUUUGAGUAAGGAAGGCGGUCUAUUUUCUUCUGUUCUAUAGCGUUUAUCGAGCUUGUCGAUAAUUAUGAGGUUACGAAUGAACGGCCUGCUGCAGCAUCCCUAUUGUUGUUUAUGUUCCUGCAUGGAUUUCAUGCAAAUAUUAACUUUGACGACUUCAAAUUUUCGCACCCGAAUAAUCGGCCCCAUCUGUCUGAAUUUUGCAGCGCUCUAUCCCAUGGGUUUUCGUUUCUUUCGAUCUUCUGUCCACUUCUUUCGGGCGUGGGUGCUGGCCUACCCACAGGAAUCUCGACUCCUUCUCCCUUUCUUACAUUGAAUGUGUUAGAACCUUCGUCCAGGGUAUCUGGAAGCCCUUGCAAAUUUAUACCAAUGAUGCAAUCAAAGGUCUCUGUGGAUAUCGGGACAGUGAGUGGGAUAUGUUAUUAAAGGGCGGCUAUCUACUACUUUGGCGUUUUUUUGGGACUAUAGCUGGGAGGCUGGCUGCUAUUUAUCGCCGUUCGCUUUUCGGCGUGGUGUUUUACUCUUGUCUGGUUUGGCAUUCCCCUAUCAGUGAUCAUAAUGCUAGUGCCGCGAGGCUUUGCUUUCUUA